GCACAGCAGAAGUUGCCUGGGAAGGAUAACACUGAUGAUGAUAAGAGUGCGGAGCCCGGACGAGGAGAUGAGGGGGGUGUUGAGCGGCUGAGAUUCUCUCCCAGCAUCAUCAAGAUCUUUCUCCGUGUGAGGAUCCAAACUGCAGGGGGCUGCUCACUCCUCUGCAUCUACACACUUCCAGGUUUUUGCAGGAGCCCGACAGAGGAUCUCGGCUCCUGGAGCCACAGCUGCGUAAACUUGGCCAGGUCUGGUGACAUUGUAGCCUCAGUGAGCGCGCGCUGAGCCGCCUGGGUGGAUAUGCGGCUCAACGAGGGCAUUUGAGCAGCAAAAAGGGGGGAUUACUAUCAGUCCCUCUCUUAUUAUAACCUCAAAAUGGAUGCCGACAACAGGCUGCGGAGACGCCACUGGAUUAGCCCCUCUUGCGCUCAUCUGCUUGACAUCUAAACGGCACAGGCGUUCAAAGUUUGGAUAAUCUGAGAGGCUGAAAGGUGCAGGAUGCAGUCUGGAGUGAAGACGCUCUCCGCAGGUGGAGGUGCGUCACUCUGCUGCCUGCUGCUCCUCUGGCUCAUCUACUCCCAUCUGCUCAGAGAGGGCCAGUUGGCGGUGGGAACCUGUGAGAUAGUGAUGCUCAACAGAGACAGCAGCGUUCCCAGACGGACCAUUGCCAGGCAGACGGCCCGCUGCGCCUGCCGGAGAGGCCAGAUUGCCGGGACCACGAGGGCGAGGCCGGCUUGUGUAGACGCGCGGAUCGUGCGGAGCCGCCAGUGGUGCGAGAUGGCUCCCUGCAUGGAGGGGGAGGUCUGCAGCCUCCUGUUCAACCGAUCCGGCUGGACCUGCACCAGGGGCAGCGGUCGCAUCAAGACCAUCACGCCUAUGCCCAAGGAGCCGUCGUAGGAUGCAGAGGAACACAGCAGGCUCAUUGACAUCCAUGAUUCAAAAAGGAACUGAUGCCAGUCACUACAACCGAACAUUAUGUCGAUUCACCUACAAGGCUCCAAAACUUGAUCUUCAGUUGAAAAGAAAUUAAAUUAACAAAAAUAAUCAUCCCUGAGCUUCUCCCAUCACCGCAGUGGAAGACUCUCGGCAGCAACUUGUAAGAACUCUGAGAAGUCUCAAGUGAGCAGCAUGGUACACCAUCGCCAUCGAAUCUUCACUGCAGCCAAAUUCACGGACUCAUCAUAGAACAAGACCCCUGUAAGGAACAGUUAUGACCAGAUGAUGGAAUAUUCAUUGAAGUACUUUACCUGUUGUUUUUAGUGAGUCACCGCCCGGUCUGCAAGGUGACGGCUCCUUGAAGGAUUUUUCUUUGUGGCUUGAAUUACACUUUGUCUCUCAGAAGUCAGCCCCGCUCUUUAUCGUCACUGCUGUGAAACUGUCCAGGGUUAUAUUCCAGCCGAGUUUCUUUAAAGAGUCAUGGCUUUACUGUUUAGCCAGCCUGCAUUGUCCGUUGGAUUCUAGCCUUUUUAACACCUCCCUCUCAUUUGGCGGGGUGAAACUUUACAAGGCCGUAGCCUCCAAAAUCUCUGCCCACACAGUUACGGACAAGGUGGACGAGAAAAAGCAUGAAAGUGGAUUGGGAUGUUGCAGAAGAGGCGACAGAUGAGUUGACUGUCUUUCCUCCGUGAAUGAAGGGUAUGAAGGUGAAAUGUGGACAUUUUGGAUGAUUUAGCUUAUAUCUCAUGUUUUUUUUAUUAUGUGGUGCCAACAUAGAUUAGACAAGUAAUUUUCUGUCAAUGAGCCUCACACAUCUUGUACACAUCACCGGGAGCAUUUGGCACAUGUGGACCCCUGGCUCAUUUUUAUCGUCUGUAUUUUGAGUGUAUGUGAGUUGGUGGGUAUGUGCGUGUGUGUGUGUGUGUGUGUGUGUGUGUGUGUGUGUGUGAGAGAGAGAGAGAGAGAGAAUGUGCACAUGCAGAGAUACACUGUGAAAUAAGUAAUGUCCAAUGCAUUAUUCAUACUCUUGUAUAUUUUUGGGACACGCCCAGACCAGAGCUCACCAUCUGGCAAAGAGCAUUUGUGAUUUUACAGAUGUUGGAUUUCAUUUGAAUCUUUGUAGAUGAAUCCUGUGUUUGCCUUUUCUUUAUCUUUUCUUGUUUUUUUCUUUAGUACAUAGAGAUAUUUAUUUUGGGGGAAAAUAUUAUUGAAACUGGGUAAAGAUCUGAAAUAUGUCACAUACGGUAAGUUAAAUUCUGUAAUUAAAAAUCAAUUUAUGUGUGA